AUGAGCGGGGAGCCCCUGUUGCGCUGGGACCGCACCUGCCCCGUGUGCGGCAAGGCCUUCAAGCGGCCCGCGGAGCUCGUGCGCCACCACCGCAUCCACACGGGGGAGAAGCCUUACGUGUGCAGCGUGUGUCCGUAUCGCGCCGCUCAGGCCGUGCAACUUCGGUUCCACGUGCUGCGCCACCAUCCGCAGCUGGCCCCCGAUGCUCUCGUUCGUAGGAGUGGGCCAGAGCACCCCCAAGCGGACAGACAGUCGUGGUUGCCACCCCCAUAA